UCCAAGGAGGGGCGUGGGGAUACUAGUAUCUGGACUGACACACCAUCAGACCAAGCCCAGAAAGCAAAAAUGAAUUAUUUAGAAGCCUAUAAUGAGGCUUCAGCACUUGCUUCAAAUGAGCAAGAAAGAAAACGUUCCAGUUCAGAUGCACAUUUGGUAGAUGAAUACAACAAAUCAAAGCGGUCAAAGCCACAAGUAGACAAGCACCAAGAGCUAGCUCAAAAUCGAUCAAAGAAAAAAUCCAAGCAGGAACCAGUUAAAGAAGAAUGGGAGGGAAAGCAUCCAUGGAGACCAUGGGAUCGUAAGAAGGAUUUGACAGCGGGACGGCAAAGUGUGAAAUUGAAUGCUGAAAACAUGGCUCGGGUUUGUCUUCUAGGUUUUCCUCGGGAUCAUUUCAAAGAAACUUCCUGUAGAGAAUUGAAUCAAGAAUCUAAUUUAAGCUGCCAGAGGUCCUGUAUCAGAUUGACGUAAUAUAUCUUUAAGGAUGUGGUUUUUGCGGUCAGUUCCUGUCUUCCUAUCUUCUGUUUAUUUGCUUGUUGUGUCUAAUUUCAAACCAUGGUCAAGAGGUAGUAGUCUAUAGUGAUGUCCAAUAGCUUAGCUGCAUUUUUUUUCCCGCUUCUUUACAUCCAAAUGAACUUAUUCUUUUUUAAUUUUAGGCCAUCAAACAUUCAAUAUUCUUUUAUUUGCUUGAGAUUUGGAAA